AUGGCUAGAAGGCUUGGGAAAGUGUUAGGAAGAAUUAUGAACAUGAGUCAAGCAGCAUUUGUACUAGGGAAACACGUGCAAAAUCAUGUGCUCUUGGCCUAUGAGCUCAUUAGGGGUUAUAGUACAAAAGGAGGAGCUCUUAAAUGUAUGUUUCUAAUGGACAUUCAAAAGGCGUACAAUAGCGUGGAGUGGCAAGCUAUUGAAGAUAUCAUGGCUGAAUUGAGUUUCCCUAACCAGUUCAUCGAACGGCUAGUUGUGAAAAUAGUGUCUUACAGGAUCAUGCAGAAAUUAAAGAGAAACCCCAACUUUAACUUUCACUCAAAAUGCAAGAAGCUUAGUAUUGUCAACAUCAGCUUUGUUGAUGAUCUUCUACUAUUCACUAGAGGUAAUUUGGGCUCUACUCAGCUUGCUAUGCAGAAAUUUAGGGAUUUCCUUGAGGCAACAUGUUUGUGUGUUAAUCAUGGGAAAUGCAGAGCUUAUUUUGGGAACGUAGAAAAGGAAGUGAAGCACCCAAUUUUACAUGUUACUGGUUUUAAGGAGGGUCCCAUUCCUUUUAGGUACUUUAGGAUUACCUUGACUAGUAAGAAGCUGUCUGUUAAUAACUGUCUUAGAUUGGUUGAAAAAAAUUGUAUGCAGGAUAAAGCACUGGACUGA